GUGCCGCUCCGCUCCGGUGCCGCUCCGCUCCCGGCCCCAGCCCGCUCCCGUCCCGCUCCGCUCCGGCCCGGCCGCACCAUGAGGGAGAUCGUCCACAUCCAGGCGGGGCAAUGCGGCAACCAGAUCGGCGCCAAGUUCUGGGAGGUGAUCAGCGACGAACACGGCAUCGACCCCAGCGGCAACUACGUGGGGGACUCAGACCUGCAGCUUGAACGCAUCAGCGUCUACUACAAUGAGGCCUCUUCUCACAAGUACGUGCCUCGCGCCAUCCUGGUGGACCUGGAGCCGGGGACGAUGGACAGCGUGCGCUCGGGUGCCUUCGGCCACCUCUUCCGCCCUGACAACUUCAUCUUCGGGCAGAGCGGUGCCGGGAACAACUGGGCGAAGGGGCACUACACGGAGGGGGCCGAGCUGGUGGACUCGGUGCUGGACGUGGUGCGGAAGGAGUGUGAGAACUGCGACUGCCUGCAGGGCUUCCAGCUGACCCACUCGCUGGGCGGGGGCACCGGCUCGGGCAUGGGCACGCUGCUGAUCAGCAAGGUGCGGGAGGAGUACCCCGACCGCAUCAUGAACACCUUCAGCGUGGUGCCGUCCCCCAAGGUGUCGGACACGGUGGUGGAGCCCUACAACGCCACGCUCUCCAUCCACCAGCUGGUGGAGAACACGGACGAGACGUACUGCAUCGACAACGAGGCGCUCUACGACAUCUGCUUCCGCACCCUCAAGCUGGCCACCCCCACCUACGGCGACCUCAACCACCUUGUCUCGGCCACCAUGAGCGGCGUCACCACCUCCCUGCGCUUCCCGGGCCAGCUCAACGCCGACCUGCGCAAGCUGGCCGUCAACAUGGUGCCCUUCCCGCGGCUGCACUUCUUCAUGCCGGGCUUCGCGCCGCUGACGGCGCGCGGCAGCCAGCAGUACCGCGCGCUCACCGUGCCCGAGCUCACCCAGCAGAUGUUCGAUGCCAAGAACAUGAUGGCCGCCUGUGACCCCCGCCACGGCCGCUACCUCACCGUGGCCACCGUCUUCCGCGGCCGCAUGUCCAUGAAGGAGGUGGAUGAACAGAUGUUGGCCAUCCAGAGCAAGAACAGCUCUUACUUUGUGGAGUGGAUCCCCAACAACGUCAAGGUGGCCGUGUGCGACAUCCCGCCGCGGGGGCUGAAGAUGUCCUCCACCUUCAUCGGCAACAGCACGGCCAUCCAGGAGCUCUUCAAGCGCAUCUCGGAGCAGUUCACGGCCAUGUUCCGCCGCAAAGCCUUCCUGCACUGGUACACGGGCGAGGGGAUGGACGAGAUGGAGUUCACCGAGGCCGAGAGCAACAUGAACGACCUGGUGUCCGAGUACCAGCAGUACCAGGACGCCACGGCCGAGGAGGAGGGCGAGAUGUACGAGGACGACGAGGAGGAGUCGGAGGCGCAGGGCGCCAAGUGACGCCCGACGCCGCCCCCCGACACUGCCCGCAGCCCCCCCGGCUUCGCGCUGCUGCAGCCCCCCGGUGCUGCUCCCCCCGCCGUCCCCUCAGUGUCUCCUGACCCCAUUCCCCCCUGAGCCGGCUCGGCCCCUCGCCCCCCCUUCCUACCUCCCCCCUUUUCGUUUU